AUGGCCCCCAAGCGCAUCGUCGUUGAGCCUCGAUCUCGCCGUGCUCCCAAGGGUGUUAUCGGCUCCACCUAUGACGCUCUUACCUCUUCCGAGAACGCCGCUGUCGUCCGUAGCAUCGCUAUCUUUGGUUUUGCUGUGACAUUCCUAUCUAGCUCUUGGGGCGAGAUCCUUCUGCCUCCCCAGUAA